AUGGACAGAGUCUCAAAUGGUUCCUUCUCCCCAGUUGGAUCCCUCGAGGCACUUCAACGCGACCAGUUCACCGUUCUCGAGCAUCCGGAGUUCCCAGAGCACUCUGUACGCGUCAAGAAGUCGCGGUUCUGUGAUGGUACCGUUGACGCGUACACGGGAUACAUCGAUGUUGGGCUGAAGCAUCUUUUCUUCUACUUCUUCGAGAGUAGGAGUGACCCAGACAAGGAUGAUGUGAUUUUCUGGACAAACGGAGGUCCUGGAGGUUCGUCCGCGAUGGGCCUGUUUCUUGAGCUUGGACCAUGCCGCAUGACGCCAGAAGGGAUCAAAUACCACGAACAGUCCUGGAACACCAACGCGAACGUUUUCUUCAUUGACCAGCCUGUCGGGGUCGGGUUUUCCUACAGCGACUACGAUCACGUCGGCACGACGGAGGAGGCAGCAGUCGACAUCGCUGCUUUCGUCGCUAUAUUCUUCGAACAUUUCACCAAGUUCAAAGGACGACCGUUUCACUUUUCUGGGGAAUCAUAUGCCGGCCGAUACCUCCCGUUGUUUGCGUCGGCACUAUAUGACCAAAACGCUCGUCUCGCCGCCAAGGGAAUGGAAACAAUCAACCUCGACUCAGUCAUGAUCGGCAAUGGUAUGACAGGCUGGUAUUACUUCUUCCCCGGCUACGUCGACAUGCAAUGUACAAAUGCAUCCGUCUUUCCCAUCCAGAGCAUUAGCGCGUGCGUACGCAUGAGACAGAUGCUCCCUCGAUGCCUCAAGUGGUUCAAAGCCUCUUGUCUUGAUCAAUGGGACGAUAUCAACUGCUCCGCUGCGUUCUCAUUCUGCGCGACUGAACUCGUGGAGUCGUUCUCUAAACUCCAGCGAAACCCUUACGAUAUCUCCCAGAAGUGCAAUCCGCCGGAGGGAGAUGGAACCGCUUGUUAUCCCAUGGGUGACGUCGCAGCCUACCUCUCUACCUCCUCGGUUCGCAGCACCUUAGGUAUACCCGACCAUGUCAACUUCACCCAGUUCAGCAUGGCCACCAAUCAAGCGUUCACCAUCUCGGGUGAUAUUACACGGCCUUCCACGGUGCUCGUGUAUGCGGGCGAGCUCGAUCUCAUGUGUCAUUGGCUCGGCAGCGAGGCUUGGACGCUUGAGAUGGAGUGGAGCGGGAGGGAGGAGUAUACCCGGGAGGGAAGGAGGGAGUGGGCAGUGUAUGGGCGUACGGCGGGAUGGACAAGGAGCGCAAGGGGUUUGACAUAUGCCAGUGUGAGAGGCGCGGGGCAUUUGGCUCCGUAUGACAAGCCGGUGGAGACGCUCGCAAUGGUGCAACGUUGGCUCGCUCAUGAAGAACUUUAA